GCUCAAAGUAAAACUAGAAUAGUAGAUAGAGUUGCAUUGAAUACUUAUUUCAACACCAGGAAGCUGUACGGUCUUUUUAUCCAUCAAAAUAUGCUGUAGUUAGAUGUAAAUAAUGAUAAGUUAUGCGUAAACAAGUAGAUACAUACCUAUCAGACCUACCGUAAACAAUUAGUAAUUCAAAUACAGAUUUCACCGUAUGAACUGCCUGUGUGAUCCCAUUCAACUCAAGUAUUUUACUAUAUAAGAAAGACUACGCACUGAUGCUAAAACUUUUGCAUUCCACCUGCUUAAGACUUCUAUUCUCUAAACCGCAAGUCCAGUUUCCAAUUCCUUUGUCGAAAUCAACACACACUCACUAUAUUAUUUUAUUAUAAUUCUAAGACUAAAUCGAAAUGGCGACCGAAUUUACUAAAUUUCCAGAUUUGCCAUUAGAGCUACGGCGCAAGAUCUGGGGUUUUUGUGCCACGCAAGGUCGUGUGAUGGAGCUUGACUGCCCAAAUCGACGCAUUCUCGACAUGCAGUGUGUCAUGGGAUGGUCAUCCCAUGCAAACGCACUGCAACCAGCAUUCAGUUUAGCGUGUCGCGAGGCGCGAGAGGCCGCACUUUGGGAAGGUGGCUACCUAUCGAACUUAUACAAGUUGUGGGAAGCAAAAGGAUUCGAGCAGGAGCCAACUUGGUAUGACCCAUUCGUCCUCGAGAAUCCAUGGUUUUGCCCUAAGGAAGAUACCGUUCAUCUCAAUUGGGAUGAGGACCAUGCGGACUUCUGCCAAAUAACCGAUUGUGAUAACCCGAUUCCAAUUCUCAUUGCCUAUGCUAAGGUGGCUCGAGGAGGCUCGUUCAUGGCAGGUCUUGUGCAGCCUUUUGAGAAGGAAUACACAUAUUUUGGCGGCCAUCCUUGGUCAAAAAACCUCGGGAAAAAUCUCUCACUCAUCGAAAAUUUGAAUGAUUUCAAAGUUUGUCUCUCGGUCAUUACUAUUCAUGCCACCGCCAAGCAAGCUGUUAACGCUCGCCUUUUUGGGAGUUUGGCGACACCGGUGCAAUUGGUCGAAACCUCGGAUAGAGAGACCAUUCGUCGUAUGUAUGAACUGUGGUUUACGACUUUUUUCCACGAUGUCAAGCUGAAGGAUUCCGAGCCCGAAGAGCUAUUCGAAGAAAUGAUUCUGACUCCCGAUGACUUUGAAGCUCGUAUCUGUAGGUGGCAAGAGGAAGUUGAACGUUUAUGGCUCUGGCAUAAAUGGAUCGCCAAAUAUAAAGAAGGCACGCUGGAUGAGAUUGAUUCGCCUCGAAGUGUGUGGACUGGGCCAGAUUUUGACUGUUUAGGAAGAUUAGUUACGGGUCUCCAUCCGGAAAACAUAUGGCUUCCCAAGCACGACUUCAACAAAUCGCAUCCGUGGGUACAAGCUAUAGUUGAUGGAAUGCCUCGUUUUCAUCCUGUCAUUAUGUUCAGAUUCUGUGAAGCGAAGUGUCAUACUCAAGGUGUAUUGCCGCUAGACUAUCCUGAAGCGGACAAAGAUCAUGAUUUUAACUAUUAUGCAGGGAGAGAUGUGACCUAUCUCGACCCCUAUAAAGAUGUCUUUAUAAGAUGUCCUGCUUAUCAUAUGAAUGCACAACAUUAUUAG